AUGUUACACUCUUAAGUUCUGUUGGUUUAUCUGUUUUAUCUUUUGAUUAAACUUACGAUAUCAAAGUAAAUGUUGGUUUUAUUUUACCCUAAUACGAGUAUAAGCACGCACAUGAUAAUAAAAGUAGGUCAGGCAGGUAACUCGCAAGUUAUUGCGUACCUAUCGAUCAAACAUCCUGCAUCUAUGUCAAUUUCCGUAUUCCUUUCUUUACUUUUCCUCCACAAUGGACAGCUCCAUCCCUGUUUUCGAGAAGCCCCACCCUCGUUUGAGCGUUCUAGACUGGACUAGGAAUAUUCAAAGGCUUCAAAACGAGGCUAGGUUGCGUCGGUUCGAAUCUUACGAAUUACGACAGAGAGCUAACCAGCUGCGGAAUGAAACGUGUGUUACUACUAGAUGGGAUAACUAUGUGAACAAUGAGCUAUUACGGGAUAGAAUAUUCGAAGUUGAAUCCUGGAGAGAGAAGCAGCGAUUCACACGGGAAGCAGUCAGAGAUGAGAUAAGAGCCCUCAAGGAAGAAAAACAUGCGACAGAACUGCAUUUGGAGUCCUUACAAGUGCCCCUGAUGGUGUCCUCGCAGUGCCUCUCAAAUAGGGACCAGAGAGUGCCCCCUGAGUUGACCAGGGACCAGCUUGGGGAAGAGCUUAAUAGGGAGUUGCACAUCAUAGAGAACAGCAAGCGCGUGCUGACUGACGCAUGCCAUAUGGGCUGGGAGAAGCUCAAGGAACUAACGAACGUGUACUGCCGCCUCGAGCGCGAGGUCCAGAAUAAGGACGACGCUCUCAUGCUGGAGUACCACGUCCGAGACCUGACCAGGGACAGCGCGGAUAUAUCGUACAAGCUGGACCCGACCAGGAUACCACCAGACACCAUCUCAGAGGAGAGCUACGUCAACUGCAUCGAGAACACCAUAAAGAUAGCUGAACAACUCAUGUCGGAAUCCAAGACUUUACGGGAGACGAUGUUCAAAGCGCGUGAACAGGCUCGCAACCAGAUGUAUGCUCAGAGCCAGCAAGUGGAGAUGAUCAUGAGGAGGCGGGUGUAUGACAUACAGAGGGCGAGGAAUGAGAUGGAGUGGCAGAAGUAUAAGUUGGAAACGAACAUGGAUAAAGUAGAUCGCGAAAUAACAUCGCUCCGCGCUGCAGUCGCAGACAAGAUCAACCCAACCAAACUUGUGGAGACCAGACUGGAAACUCGCACUAGACGACCUGUGCUGGAAAGAGUUCAGGAUAAACCGAUGCGCGGGCUGAUAGAAGAAUACGAAAGGGUUCACAUGAGUACCAAUCAAUUGGAGAAGAAACUGGAAGAAGCUUUGACGACCUACCACGGCAUGUACAACCACCACCAGCGGGUGACAAAGGACCUGCAGUAUAAGAACCAAGCUUUGGAGACCGACCGCCGCCUGAUCGAGAUUCGGAAACCGAUACACGCGCCCGACGAGACCGAGUUACAGAGGAGUGUGGGGUACUGCCAUAUGGCUGAUGAAUUGCUCCCCAAGUGAAAGGGA